AUGGAUAUUCAUGUUCUUCAAAGCCAGCCCGCCCAGAAGGUCGCGUUUAAAGACUCUUCCACGGUUCGUGUGGGUAAUAAACUUGUUCGCAAUAAGCCACCCACCCAGCCCUCUGCUAUGCGACCCGAGCGUACUUCAAACGCUGUAAACAGUAAUGUACAGACUGCAAGUGAAGCGGGAGUUGUUGUUCCACCCGCCCAACCCACGUGUUGUCAUUUGGUCCGCGGCGGGUUCCAGCCGCGCCUUCCGACUUCGCUGCCGCCCCCAGGGCAGCAGCAGCAGCAGCCGUCGCCGCUACCACGCCGACAGCCCGUCCCGUUGAUGCCUCCCGCGCAGCUUCAUACGGGAGUGCCCCGGGUGGUCGCUCCAGCGCCUGCGGUCCCUCUUCAGUCGCCACCGCCUUCGGAGCAGAUGGACGUCGACCCCUCAGCCGGGCCGCCUUCCCAAGCGGUGGCUGUGCAGCCUGUACUGCAGCCGCUUUCCUUGGGCACCCCCAAGGAGUCUGACACCGCAGCGCCUUGUCCGGCGCCCACUCAGCAGCCGUCGACGCAGCGUCAGGAGACGCUGCCUCUCUUCGUGGGUCCCGACGCCCCGUCGCGUCCAGUACCAGAAGCUGCGCCCGUGUUCACAGGCGUGCACCCUGACCUCGGUUUUCAGUCGGUGUUUCCCGAGGCCCCGCGCAGCCAAUGCUGGGGGUCGGCGGCCGGCAGUGGGGCGCUCCAGUCACGCGGGGCCGUGCCGGUCACGACCACCGGCGCAUUAUCUCGGCCCGCUCCAUUCACUGCGGCGCCGCUGCUGGCGCUGUAG